AUGAGUCGGAAAGGUCCAUUAGUGAAGAACAACGAGACGGAUCAGCCGUUGCGUAUCGCCAUCGUCGAGAAGGAUCGCUGUAAACCAAAGAAUUGCGGUUUGGCUUGCAAGAAGGCGUGUCCAGUUAAUCGACAAGGAAAGCUGUGCAUCGUCGUCGAGGCCACCUCUACCAUCUCGUCAAUCUCCGAAAUUCUGUGUAUUGGAUGUGGUAUUUGCGUGAAAAAGUGUCCAUACGACGCCAUCAAAAUCAUCAAUCUCCCCGCCAAUUUGGCCAAUGAGACGACUCAUCGUUACUCGCAAAACUCGUUCAAACUCCAUCGUCUGCCGACGCCACGUUGCGGUGAGGUGCUCGGACUCGUCGGCACGAAUGGAAUCGGAAAAUCGACGGCGUUGAAGAUUCUCGCCGGAAAACAGAAGCCAAAUCUCGGAAAUUUCCAGAAGGAGCAGGAGUGGACGACGAUCAUCAAUCACUUCAGAGGAUCCGAACUUCAGAAUUAUUUCACGCGGAUUCUGGAGGACACGUUGAAGUGUGUCAUCAAGCCACAGUAUGUCGAUCAGAUUCCGAGAGCCGCCAAGGGAACGGUUGAGAUGAAUUUGAAGAGACGACAUGAUAAUGAGAAUUUGGAUCAGGUCAUCGAUCAAAUGGAACUCCGUGGUCUUCUCGCGCGUAACAUCGACCAACUUUCUGGAGGAGAGCUCCAACGUUUCGCCAUCGCAAUGUGUUGUGUUCAGAAGGCCGACGUCUACAUGUUCGACGAACCGUCAUCGUAUCUCGACGUGAAACAACGUCUCAAAGCGGCGGCCAUCGUCCGCGAACGCAUCAGUGACACGAAUUACGUCGUCGUCGUCGAACACGACUUGGCCGUCUUGGAUUAUCUGUCCGAUUUCAUUUGUUGCCUGUACGGUGUGCCCGGAGUGUAUGGAGUCGUCACACUGCCUUCUGGAGUUCGUGAAGGAAUCAACAUGUUCUUGGAUGGUUUCAUUCGUACUGAGAAUAUGAGAUUCAGAGAGUCCAAAUUGUCAUUCAAAACGUCCGAACAGCAAGAGGAUAUCAAGAGAACUGGAAAUAUUAAAUAUCCAGCAAUGUCAAAAACGCUCGGUGACUUCCAUCUGAACGUCGAAGCGGGAGACUUCUCGGAUUCUGAGAUCAUCGUGAUGCUCGGAGAGAACGGAACCGGCAAAACGACAAUGAUCCGAAUGAUGGCCGGAUCGUUGAAACCGGAGGAUGAGGGCACCGAAUUGCCACAUGUCACCAUCUCGUACAAACCGCAAAAAAUCUCGCCGAAAACUGAGACAACCGUCAGAUAUAUGCUUCACGACAAGAUUCAGAAUAUGUACGAGCAUCCACAAUUCAAGACGGACGUUAUGAAUCCGUUGAUGAUGGAUCAGUUGUUGGAUCGAAAUGUAAGCGAGCUGUCCGGAGGAGAAUUGCAACGUACCGCCCUUGCACUCUGCCUCGGAAAAACCGCCAGUCUCUAUUUGAUCGAUGAGCCAUCUGCAUAUCUGGAUUCGGAGCAACGUCUUCACGCCGCCAAAGUCAUCAAACGUUUCAUUAUGCACGCGAAGAAGACGGCGUUCGUCGUCGAGCACGACUUCAUUAUGGCCACUUAUCUCGCUGAUAGAGUCAUCGUUUUUGAAGGACAACCGUCUGUUGAUACUACUGCUUGCAAACCCCAAUCCCUACUGGAAGGAAUGAAUCGUUUCCUGAAAAUGCUCGACAUCACAUUCCGUCGUGAUCAGGAGACGUAUCGUCCACGUAUCAACAAAUUCGAGUCGGUGAAGGAUGUGGAGCAGAAGAAGAGUGGACAAUUCUUCUUCCUCGAUGAUAAUUAA